CUCCCUUCUCUCAUCUCCAACUCCACCAAAAAAAAUAUCAUCUUUCAGAAUCACAGAGAAAAAGAAAAAGAAAGAAAGAAAGCCAAAGGAAGAAGAAGAAAAUCCUUUUUAUUUUCUUUUCUCACUCUUCUUCUUUCUUUCUUAAUCUGUGGUGAAAAGGCGAAAAAGUAAGAGAAUUCAAUGGCAGGGAGUGGUGUUUUUGCAGAGAUUUUGGAUGGAGAUGUGUUCAAAUACUACGCAGCAGGAGAAUGGAAGAAAUCCUCUUCUGGGAAAUCUGUGGCUAUUAUCAAUCCCACCACCAGAAAGACCCAGUAUAAGGUCCAAGCAUGCACCCAAGAGGAGGUUAACAAGGUCAUGGAUACGGCGAAGCAGGCCCAGAAAUCGUGGGCCAAAACGCCGCUGUGGAAGCGGGCUGAGCUCCUCCACAAGGCCGCUGCGAUCCUGAAAGAACACAAAGCACCGAUUGCUGAAUGCCUCGUCAAGGAGAUUGCAAAGCCCGCCAAGGACGCUGUCACUGAGGUUGUACGGUCAGGCGAUCUUGUUUCCUACACAGCCGAAGAAGGUGUGAGGAUUUUGGGCGAGGGGAAAUUUCUUGUGUCUGAUAGUUUCCCUGGGAAUGAGAGGAGCAAGUACUGCCUCACUUCAAAGAUUCCUCUCGGAGUUAUUCUUGCAAUCCCACCCUUCAACUAUCCCGUCAACCUGGCGGUCUCAAAAAUAGCUCCCGCUCUAAUCGCCGGCAACUCCCUUGUGCUCAAGCCUCCUACUCAGGGUGCGGUCGCUGCUCUACACAUGGUGCAUUGCUUUCACUUGGCUGGUUUCCCCAAAGGCCUCAUCAGUUGCAUUACUGGAAAAGGAUCCGAGAUCGGUGACUUUCUCACAAUGCACCCUGGAGUGAAUUGUAUAAGCUUCACUGGUGGAGAUACUGGCAUUGCAAUUUCAAAGAAGGCUGGCAUGAUCCCUCUUCAAAUGGAGCUUGGAGGGAAAGAUGCCUGCAUUGUGCUUGAAGACGCCGAUCUGGACUUAGUAGCAAGCAAUAUCGUAAAGGGAGGUUUCUCUUACAGUGGUCAAAGAUGCACUGCUGUGAAGCUUGUCUUGGUGAUGGAAUCCGUUGCUGAUAUUGUUGUGGAGAAAGUGAAUGCAAAGGUGGCGAAAUUGACAGUGGGCCCACCUGAGGACGACUGUGAUAUCACUCCAGUCGUGUCGGAAUCGUCUGCAAACUUCAUCGAGGGAUUGGUUAUGGAUGCCAAGGCCAAGGGAGCAACUUUCUGCCAGGAGUACAGGAGGGAGGGCAAUCUCAUUUGGCCAUUGUUGUUGGAUCACGUGCGGCCCGACAUGAGGAUCGCAUGGGAGGAACCUUUUGGGCCGGUGUUGCCAGUGAUCAGGAUUAACUCUGUCGAAGAAGGCAUCCACCACUGCAAUGCCAGCAAUUUUGGUCUUCAGGGCUGCGUCUUCACGAGAGACAUCAACAAAGCAAUGAUGAUCAGCGAUGCAAUGGAGACUGGAACAGUCCAGAUCAACUCGGCCCCAGCUCGUGGGCCAGACCAUUUCCCAUUCCAGGGUCUAAGAGACAGCGGCAUCGGAUCGCAGGGCAUCACGAACAGCAUUACAAUGAUGACCAAGAUCAAGACCACUGUUAUCAACUUACCCUCUCCUUCAUACACCAUGGGUUGAGUCCUAUUACACUGUAGUGUUAGUAAAUGCAGCAAAUGAGUACUCUUUCUGUUAGUUAGUUAGUUAUAUCCUUUUAAGGCUUUUUUGGAAUAAUUAGAGACAAAUGAUAGGAUGGUGUCUCAAUGGUUACAUGUUGCACUAGUGUAACGGACGUUGGAAUGGACGGUGUAUUGCUAUACUUUGAUAUGUAUGUAAUGGAUGGAUGGAUGGA